GUUCCUUCCUGGUUAGACAGGCACUUACUUGCGUCGGGGAUGUAGCAAGCUUGGAGCUGUUGGUCCUGACAGGAGGAGGAGGUAGCGCCAGAGUUGACUGCAACGAAUUAUGCGAAGAGAUGUAGGUUACUCCUCACAGGAAACCGGUGUCGAUUAGAAAAAUCUAACAGAACUGUUGCAAACACCCGGAGCGACGCGGCAUUCAAUGGAGCAAACGGGACAAAGUGAAACCCUGUAGUCUCAUCGCAAGUAUCUUCACCGCGGCGGAAAGGAAAAUAUGUCAUCCACAGAGAACCUAUGAAGUUUUCGGAUUUUAUAUACAUAAAUUGAAUAAGAACUGCUUUGCAAUUCUUCCUAAACAUUUAUUUUUCAAGCAAGCCAAACUGUCAGCUUAUUUGCCAUUCCUGUAUUAAAUAGCCUAUCCUAUUUUCCACUAGAUAAUUAGUAUAUGAAUUAGCAUUAGCCUGUACGCAAGCAGAUCUUUUACUUACGAGAUGGCUUGUAGUCUGAAAGACGAACUUCUGUGUUCUAUUUGCCUGAGUAUUUAUCAAGAUCCAGUUAGUUUCGGCUGCGAACAUUAUUUCUGCCGAAAAUGCAUCACGGAACACUGGAGCCGACAAGAGCACCAUGGGGCGCGGGACUGUCCGGAAUGCCGAAGAACAUUCGCCGACCCGCUGCUGUCUCCUAGCCUCAAGCUGUCCAACAUCGUGGAGAGGUAUUCCGCCUUCCCGCUGGAUGCCAUUCUCAACGCUCAGAGGAACUCUUAUCCAUGUAAGGACCACGAGAAAGUGAAGCUUUUCUGUCUCAGCGACAAGAGCUUGGUCUGUUUCUUCUGCGACGAACCAGCACUGCACGAGCAGCAUCAAGUGACCACCAUUGAUGAAGCAUUCGAAGAAAUCCAGAGGGAGAUGAAGGAGCAGCUGGCCACCCUGCAGGACAGUGAAGUGGGGCACACUGAGGCUCUGAAGCUGCUCCAGAGGCAGCUCACCGAAACCAAGUCCUCUGCGAAGAGCCUGCGGGCGACGAUCGGCGAGGCGUUCGAGCGGCUGCACCGCUUCCUGCGGGAGCGGCAGAAGAGCAUGCUGGAGGAGCUGGAGGCGGACACGGCGCGCACGCUCUCCGACAUCGAGCACAAGAUCCAGCGCUACAGCCAGCAGCUGCGCGACGUCAAGGAGGGCAUCCAGAUCCUGCAGGAGCGCCUCAACGACACCGACCGGCACGGCUUCCUGGAGGGCGUGGCCCUCACCUCCGAGAGAAUUAAAGGGAAGAUCCACGAAACCAACCUCACGUACGAAGAUUUCCCGACAUCGAAGUACAUGGGACCCCUGCAGUACACAAUAUGGAAGUCUCUCUUCCAGGAUAUCUCACCAGUGCCGGCCGCCCUGACGCUGGACCCCAUCACGGCGCACCAGAGGCUCAUCCUGUCGGACGACUGCACCAUCGUGGCGUACGGGAACCUGCACCCCCAGCCGCUGCAGGACUCGCCGCGCCGCUUCGACGUGGAGGUGUCGGUGCUGGGGGCCGAGGGCUUCGGGUCGGGCGCCCACUACUGGGAGGUGAUGGUGUCGGAGAAGACCCAGUGGAUGAUCGGCGUGGCCAGCGAGGCGGUCGCCCGCAAGGGCAGCAUCCAGAUCCAGCCCAGCCGCGGCUUCUACUGCAUCGUCAUGCACGACGGCAACCAGUACAGCGCCUGCACCGAGCCCUGGACCCGCCUCAACGUCAAGAGCAAGCUGGAGAAGGUGGGCGUCUACCUGGACUACCCCAAGGGCCUGCUGGUCUUCUACAACGCGGAGGACAUGUCCUGGCUCUACACCUACAGGGAGAAGUUCCCGGCCAAGCUCUUCCCCUACUUCAGCCCGGGACAGAGCCACGCCAACGGCAAGAACGUGCAGCCGCUGAGGAUCAACACGGUCCGCCUGUGAGCGGCGGGGGGGCAUG